CUCAAAAGACAAAACUAAAGCCAUAUUUUUUGGCUCACAUGUGAAUUUAGUUUGUUUACGUUUCGUUUAAAUUGAGAGGACUACUAAGUAAUAUGUUGAGAGUGACCCAAACCAAGAACAGCCUUCUCGAUGGAGCCUCCAUAGCGGAGGAGCUCUACACAACGCCGAAGGACGGCGAUGAUUUUUUUGAGAGUCUGUCCAAGCCGGCAAAGGAGCCCACUAAACUGGCGCCCAGGAACACCUUUAUUCGGGCCGGGGUUUUGACCACUGUGAGGGGCUCCGCGUACAUGGAGUAUGGAAACACCAAGGUACUUGCCAUUGUGGCUCCCCCCAAGGAGUUAAUCCGCGCCAGCGCCCGCCGGAUGAACAUGGGCGUGCUCAGUUGUUAUGUGAACUUUGCGGCCUUUGCAACGGGGGAUCUGGAAUCGGUGGCGGAACGCGAACGACACUUAGGCAGCAUGCUGACCAAGGCCUUGGAGCCAGUUGUUUGCCGAACGGAGUUCCUCAACUUUCAGCUGGACAUACGGGUGCUGAUCCUAGACGAUGAUGGCUGUCUGCUUAGCACGGCCAUCAACUGCUGCGGCGUGGCCCUGGUGGAGUGCGGAAUUUCCACAUACGAUCUGAUAACGGCCUCCACGGCUUGUAUCUUUCGGGAUCACGUCUUCCUUAAUCCCAGUGCCAAGGUAGAGGAGCUGUUGUGGAAGCAUCGCGGCAAUAGCGGCACCAGUGAAACCUCCACGCCCCCGUCUGUCCAAGAGCACGGUCUGAUCAUCACCGCCAGCAUGGACACCUUUGAACAGAUCGCCCAGUGUCAACAGUGCGGAUAUCUGAGUCCUGAGACCUAUGUUAAACUGCUGGACUACACGCUAGCCAUUAACAAGUCGCUGCGACAGCUGGUCAGAGGUGUCCUGACCAAGCGGGUCAAGGAGCAGCACGAACUGGACCUGCGCGAGAAGGCCGAGAGCGCCCUGGAGGAUCAGCGGUUGGAGGAGAUCAUCGAGAAGCUAAAGACGCAAGGACUGGACGAGUUUAUCCAGUCCAACAUUAAGGAAGAUCCUUAUGUUAAGAGGAAUUAGCUAAUAAAAUUUCGAUUUUGUUCGUA